UGUACCGCAUGCCCUGCCGGCACCUUCAAGGACUCCACUGGCAACUCACAGUGCAGCUCAUGCCCUGCUGGCACAUACUCAGCAGCUGUUGGUGCUACGUCCUCCUCUUCAUGCCAACCAUGUCGAGCGGGAACCUAUUCCUCGUCGUUAGGAGCCACUUCAGCCGGAGUCUGCGUCGACUGCCCGGCCUCGUACUACUCAUCAACUCCGGGAGCAACGUCUUCAAACACAUGUGUCAAGUGCCCUCAGAGCGCGUUUCAGACUGAUGCGGGCUCGUCUACUUGCAAGCACUGCGGACCAGGAACGUUCAGCCCAGACACAACAUCCUCUAUCUGCCAGAUGUGCACUCCAGGAACGUUUUCAAAGAAUGCGGGAACGACCUCAGACACGACUUGCACGCAAUGCGCAGCUGGUUCAUACGCUGCUGCCUCGGGAUCCUCUACUUGCACUCUCUGUGCCGGGGGAACUUACAGUGGGAGUAUCGGGGCUUCAUCCUCCUCUGUCUGCCUGCCAUGCAGAGCAGGGUCUUACAGCGAGCCAGGAGCAACGUCGUCCUCGUCGUGUCAGCCAUGCAGGCCAGGAACGUACGCCAGCUCUAUGGGACAGGCCCAGUGUACAGCUUGUCCUUUGGGGACUUACAUGAACGCGACAGGAUCCACCUCAGCUUCCGGUUGUCUCUCCUGCUCUCCCGGAAGCUUCUCCGACGGUCCCUCAGCCUCCUGCUCUCUGUGUCUUGAGGGGACUUACCAGGCGAACGCGCAAGCGUCCUCGUGC